AUGAAGUUCUCUAUCAUUUGUCUCGUCCUUAUCGGAGCUGCAUCGGCCGGAUUCAGUGCUAAAGGGAAAGCUGCUAUUGUGAAAGUUCACAAUGAUUUGAGAUCUUCAAUUGCUAAUGGAACAUACGUGGCCAAAGGGACUCGUCAGCCAGCUGCCAGUGACAUGUUGAAAAUGAGUUGGGAUGACACCAUUGCUCAGUGUGCCCAAACUUUCGUGGAUAGCUGCCCAGACGGUCACUCCAAGUUUGAUGGUUACGGAGAGAAUAUGUACUUCGCAUGGGCUUCGGACGAAAAGGCAAGUUUGGAUCCUUAUGGAGUUAAUGCUUCCAAAGCUUGGGAGAAGGAGUUCCAAGAAAAAGGAUGGUUGAGCAGAACUCUUACCAAAGCAGUCUAUGACUCUGGAAUCGGACACGCUUCACAAAUGGUUUGGUCGAAGAGUAAUUUGAUUGGAUGCGGAGUGAAAAAUUGUGGAGUUGACCCGAAAAAUGGAUUUACCAAGUACACAGUUGUCUGCCAGUACAUGAAUCCGGGAAACUAUAUUGAUCAGAAGAUCUACGUAGAAGGAAAGACCUGCUCUGCCUGCCCAUCUUCAUCUUCUUGUGAGAACAGUACUGGACUCUGCACGGGCUACCAAUCCAGUAAGGAAAGGGUUCCCAUCUCCAAAUGCGUGAGAAACGUGUCAGUCCGCGGUUUGGCGCACUACACGUUCUUCCCUAUUUUCUUCUGGAGUUUUAGAUUUCUUCAAUAA